CACACAACAUUCAGUCUGUGGUGUUCACCACCAAUCUGGGCCGUUCGCUCUUUGCGGGCAGGCCAAUAGGGCACUCGUUCAACAUGUACCCGGAAAACGAGAACGCCGAAUUACGCUUCAUCAGCGGCCGGUUCCAAGGUGCCAUCUCCUCCAUGGGGACACACUGGGCGCUUGUUACAGAACCAUAUGGAACAAAUGGAAAAUACUUGCAAUGAACCUAUCAUCUGAAUUGGGCAUUUUAUAAAUAUCAAUAAAAUGUUAACCAAUUUGCACCAAAAUCAAAUUUCUGUCCUUAUUGAAGAAGUGAAGUAAUGAUUUGAUUAUUGACCAAUUUGAUGAUCUAAUUUAGUUUGUUUGUUUAUUAUUUAUAAUAAUUAUAAUUUGACACAGCACAACGCUCGAGGGACUACCAAGCUGAAAAUGUCCGUGUAGGUUAUGUCAUAUUUAAAAGACAUGUCAACGCCACCCAAUAGGUGUAUCCUCCAAUUUCUGAGAAAAUUACUAAACAAACAACAGAAUGAUUUUUCUGGUCUUUAUUGCACUUCUCUCCGGAACUGCUUUGGCUGACGUCUGGCAUGACGCUCAGUCCUACUCGUUCUCGCAACAAGUUGGCACAGGAAACGGCCUCUCGUAUGCCAUCACCGGAACCGGACGGAUUACAGGUGUCCGAGUAUGGGAGGCCAACAAUAAUUUCAUUUACGGCUUCCAACUUCGCUACGGCUACACCUGGACCGAUGUGACGGGCCUCAAGUUGGGACAAAAACAAGAGAUAAUAUUAUUUGACGACGAGGCCAUUGUGGCCAUCUGGGGAAAAUAUGCAUUCUACAUUCAGUCUGUGGUGUUCACCACCAACCUGGGUCGUUCGCUCUUCGCGGGCAGGCCGGUAGGGCACUCGUUCAACAUGUACCCGGCAGACGAGAACGGCGAACUGCGCUUCAUCAGCGGUCGGUUCCAAGGGGCCAUCACCUCCAUGGGGGCACACUGGGCCAUUGUUACGGAUCCGUAUAGAAGGAAUGGAAAAUACUUGCAAUGAAUCUAUCAUCUGUGAAGACAAUAAAGCAUUCUCGCCAUCAUUAUUUUACAUCUUAAAUCUCUGUCCAACAUGAAAUAGGGAAUGUCAUCUGUUGCAUUUAAUUGUGUGUGUCAUUUGGUUUAGUGCUUUCUUGAAUGCCAUUUAUCAUUUAUUGUGCGUGCUUUUUAAAUGAAUAAACGAUACGUGCGUGAUUUGAAAAUAAAAUAAAAAUGGCUGACAAAA